UCUAAAUGUGGAAACGUUUUCGCGGUCGGCAUGAGAAGGUUGUUAACGCGGUAGUCGAUGAUAUCGGGUAUUUCUGAACAUUGCCUCAUCUGUAUCCGUUCCUCGUUAUAAUUAACCGUUUAAAAUGCAGCGUUUUUACGAAUUGAAACAACAUUUAGGGUCAAAUAUCGGUUAUACUAGCAUGAAAAUAGCUGUUGGGUGUGGUGCGGUGGUAGCUGUUUCUUUAAUCACCACUCAAUGUUAUAUGAAGUGGAAGAAGAAAAGGAAAAUAACCAGGAUUAUAGACACAUUUGAAGAAUUCCAAAAUGGGAGAGUCCAUAUAAAAAAUCCUGAUCGUGUAGAGGAUAAAGUGCUUCAUUUUAUUAAAGGUGGAUCUUCCAAGCUUCAGUUAAUAGCAGAUUUUGACAAGUUUCUUCUCCUUCCAGAAGCAUAUUCAGAAUUGAUAAAUAAAAUCAAUGGUAUACGUAUUAAGGCUGCUUCCAAUGGUUUUUCCGACGAUUGUGAUGUAAGAAAAUUUGCAAUAAAAUAAAUAUUUAUUUACUGCUUAUGGCUUAAAACCAAGCUUAAAAACUGUAAAAACUAAAAAUAUUUUUGUUUUUUAAUAAUGUAUAAAUAACAUUAUA